GCGCUCACGUCUUCCCCCACCUCCAUGCAAGGACCCAUCCCAUAUCUGAGCACUAUAUAAGGACUACUUUUGUUCAAGUUGGCAGUUUCGUCAAGAACUCCACCAGACCUCCAUCAUGAAGUUUGCAACUCUCGCUCUCACCUUGCUUCUGGCCAUUGGUUCUCAGGCUGCUUCCCUGCAGGCUGAUGCACCCAUGCCACUUCAGCAUGCCCGGGCUGUUGUGGACCUCUAUGUGACUCAAAUUAAGGAAAGUGCCAAAAGAGCGCUAAAUAACCUUGAUGGUACAGAGUACGAAGGUUACAAGCUUAAGAUUGCUGAAGGUAUUGAUGAACUCCACACUAAGCUCAAAGCCAUGCAAGCGCAAGUUUCUCCCUUAACGGACAAUGUGGUUCAGACAAUUGCAGAGGCUACUCAGGAUUUCAGAAACAAAGUUGAGGCUGAUAUAGCUGCUUUGCAGACGCAACUUGAACCAAUGAAAGCCAACCUCAACGCAGUCAUUAAUAAGCACAUCGAAGAAUACAGUGAAGUUCUUUCGCCUGUCAUUAGCGAAUACCAGGCUAAGCAUGCGGCUGAAAUGGAGGAUCUGAGAGUAAAGCUGGAGCCCAUUAUGGAAAACCUGAGAACAAAGAUAGCUACAAACGUUGAGGAGACCAAGAGUGCUCUAAUGCCCAUAAUUGAAGCUGUGAGAGUGAAGGUCGGUGAAAACACUGAGGCCCUAAAACAAGCUGUUAGCCCAUAUGUGGAUGAAUAUAAAGACCAAAUUAUGAAAGCCAAAGGUCAAAUACAAUCCAUGAAUGGAGAUGAAUUCACUGCACUGACAGAGAAGAUCAGUCCCAUGUUUGGCGAGAUAAAGGAAAAAUUCCAAGCCAUCUGCGCAGCCAUCAUGGAAAGCUUCAGUAAGAACUAAAUUCUGGGCCAGCUGUCCUGUCAAACUGACCUCUUUUAUACCUGUCAGGUCUAGACAAUAUAUUCACACUUUAUAAAGUAUCAAUUUUCUUCCAGUGCAAGUAUCUACAUUAUAAACCCUCAAGAAGCAGAAGCCUAACUGAUGCACUUUCUAGCAACACAAUGGCUGGACUCUUUCUUUCUCUCAUGUAAACACAUUUCUUAAUACGCUCAAGGUCAAGCACCACAUUUAUGAAUACAUACACACUAAGCACAGGCAUGCUUUCAAUGUCACAGACCUAUGCCAAAUACUGACCUUUUGGUGUAUUCAUUUUAUAUGACUUAUCACAAGCAACUGUGUGAUGGUGCUUGUUUCAUGUAAAUUGCUUUGGCAAAAGACAGCUGAAUAAACAUCUUCCUGUUUAUUGAACAA